AAGCACCCACAACAUCGGAAGGCAAGCUGUUCCAUUGGUUUGAUUGUUCUCGCUGUCAGAAAAUUUCUCCUUGGGCAUCGGGUAUUUCCCGUUCGCACUAUCUCGACCUAUUUAAAAGUUCCCGUUUCGCUUUCUGGACGUGUAAUAAUAAACGUGAAUAAACCCCAGAUUUGAUAAAGAUCGCGACCGGCAGCAUCAUUCCUCUGCGUUAAACCAAAUCGAGGCAGUGGAAGCAGGGAGAAGGGAGCCGUCUCCUUAUCAUUGCGGACCUGUCUCUGCAGCUGGUCUCCCCUUCCAAUCGGGGCCAUUGGCGACCGGAUCCCUCCCGCGUUUCGACCGGAGCUAGUUCAGCUUCCUCCGCGGCCAGCGGAGAUGAAAGAGGGGUGCAGGCUGUCUGUCCUUUCCUUACCGCUGGGCCGGCCUGGCAUUCUCCCCAGAGAGGCGUGUUGCUAUUGCUGCGCCGUAAAAAGCUGAACUCACCCGGCAGGAGGGGCGGGAAGGGAAGCAGCGACGCUCCCUGACGACCUCUGGCUUGUCCAGGCUUGUUUUGCUUGCCUAUCCGGUGCCGGCGUUUGGCUCCUCCGGUGGGACCUCCGGGCAACGAGGAGACUCCCCACGCCCUUCCCUCCCGGUGAGUUUGCACUCCAAGCAAGGAGAAGGUAGCAAUUAAGAUUGGACAAAAACCAUGCCUCCAAAGCGUAAAGCAGCUGCCCAAACUCGGGUUGCCAUCAAGGGCAAGAAGGUUAAAAAGGAACCAGAGCUGAAACCUGAACCAGAGGAAGACAAUUUCCUGUCCACUGUGGCAGCACUGAAAGCAGCUCCCAAGGAGAAGUCCAAGGCCAAAAUUGAUACUGCCUGUCAGCUGAGUUAUGACGAUGGUGCCCAGAUUUAUGAAGACUACGAUUGUAUGUUGAACCAAACCAACAUUGGCCAGAACAACAACAAGUUCUAUAUCAUCCAGCUGAUAGAGCAAAAUGGGAAAUACAGUUGCUGGAACCGCUGGGGCCGUGUAGGGGAAGUAGGGCAAUGUAAACUCAGCAGUUGUCCAACCUUAGAAGCUGCCAUAAAUGCUUUUGAGAAGAAAUUUCAAGAGAAGACAAAGAAUAAAUGGACUAAUCGAGAAAAUUUUAUUGCUCAUAAUGGCAAGUAUACUCUCAUUGAAGUACAACAUGAAGAUAAAGAGGAACAAGAGGUAACAGUAAAGGUGGAUGAUGUGGAUGGAAUGAAGUCAUUUAAACAAAAGAUACUGCCUUGCACUUUGGACAAGCACACCCAGAAUCUUAUGAGACUCAUAUUCAGCAAUGACAUGUUUAAAGAAGCCAUGCAGACCAUGAAUAUAGGUCCUGGCAGAUAUUGAAGUGGCCCAGAGUCUACAAGCCCAAAAGAAGGAGGAGGAGGAAGAGGAAGAGAAGGAAAGGGUGAAAGAAGUUCUGCAUCCGCUGGACAAGGACUACGGGCUUUUGAAAUGUGAGCUCACCUUAGUGGAUCCAUCAUCUGAGGACUAUAAGCUGAUUGAAACCUACGUGAAGAACACGGGUAGCACUUACCGAAAGCUUCGUAUCAUGAAUAUUUGGAAGGUGAACAGAGAGGGUGAGAGCCAACGUUUUAAGACUCAUGACCACUUGGGAAAUCGGCGUCUACUCUGGCAUGGGACCAACAUAGCUGUCGUUGCUGCCAUCCUGAAGAGUGGCUUGCGCAUCAUGCCCCAUUCUGGUGGUCGUGUUGGCAAGGGAAUUUAUUUUGCUUCUGAGAAUAGUAAAUCAGCAGGCUACGUGGGCACCACCUCCAACCAGGAGGGAAUCAUGUUCCUGAAUGAAGUGGCCCUGGGCAAGGUACAUUACAUCACUCAAGAUGACUGUUCAUUGUGCAAGCCCCCGGUGGGUUACGAUAGUGUCCAGGCUUGUGGCACUACCGAACCUGACCCUGCAUAUGAUAAAGAGCUUAUCCUGGAUGGGAAAAAAGUGCUGAUACCACAAGGAAAUCCCAUUGUUAUGACUAAGUACCAAAACAGCCACUUCAGUCAGAGUGAGUACUUGAUCUAUCAGGAGAAUCAAUGUCGCAUCCGCUACCUGAUCCAGCUCCAUUUUUGAGGCUUUUCUUGGGCUGCUUUUUCUGCUGGACUACCCAUUUGCUGGCUCUCAUCUUUCCAGUGCUACUAUCUUACAAACCUACCUUGAAUUGGUCAGUUAUAUUGACCCGUUCUCCAUCCAGAGUUCAUUCAGUAAUCAUGGCUCCUAGUUCUGUAGAGAAGAAUGUGAUGUGACUACCUUAUUUUGAAUAAUAUGGUGACUUCCAUAAGGCAGAUUAGGACUUUGUUGAUGUCCACGAAAACAGAUGAAAUCAUUGCCAGAUUGCUGCUAUAAAAGGUAUCACGACAAGGGCUAAUGACUUUUGGAAAUCUCUUGGAUCUGAAUAGUCUGAAAAUAAAAGAAACACUAUUAAAUCGAGUCAGUGUCAUCCUU